AUGUCACCUUCUCUUGCAGCUGAAGAGGUUGCAGUUUCACUUCUACCAUCUUCCAUUACGUUUGAUCAUUCACCGGGCACAUUUACAUACGAAGAAUUAGAAUUGGCAACAGGUGGAUUCUCAGAGUCAAAUUUUCUGGGCCAAGGUGGUUUUGGCACUGUCCAUAAAGGAGUACUUCCUAAAAAUAAUCAAAGUGUUGCCAUUAAGCAACAAAGAUCUGGAAGCAAACAGGGAAUGCAAGAGUUCCAGACUGAAGUGCAGGUCAUUAGUCGAGUCCAUCACAGACAUCUCGUUUCCCUUGUUGGAUACUGCACUGCCGAAUCUCAAAGGACGUUGAUGCUUGUUUAUGAGUUUGUCCCUAAUAAAACCCUGGACUUCCACCUCCACGGAAAAGAUACAGACACUCUGGACUGGUCAACAAGGAUGAAGAUUGCUAAUGGCUCUGCAAAAGGAUUGGCAUAUCUGCACGAAGACUGUGAACCCAAAAUCAUACAUCGUGACAUCAAGGCAGCUAACAUUCUUAUUGAUAACAAUUUUGAGCCAAAGAUUGCAGAUUUUGGACUUGCCAAACUUUCAUCAGACAAUGAUACCCAUGUCACUACAGCCCGAAUAAAGGGAACCUUUGGAUACUUGGCUCCAGAAUAUGCAUCUAGCGGUAGACUCACAGAGAAGGCAGAUGUCUUCUCCUUUGGUGUUGUGCUCUUGGAGUUAAUUACUGGACGAAAACCUGUUCUUCAAACUGGGUCUUUCACAGAAGACAGUCUGGUUGAGUGGGCGAGACCUUUACUCUCGACAGCGUUGGGGAAUCGAAAUUUUGAGGUUCUUGCUGAUCCAAGGUUGCAUAAUAAUUACAACUCCGAAGAGAUGUUUCGGAUGGCGUCUUGUGCUGCAAAUUGUGUGCGCCACUCAGCAGAUCAUCGUCCUCGAAUGAGCCAGGUAGUGGAUGGUUUAGCAGGAAAGAUUAGCGUGGAUAAUUGGAACGAGGAGAGCACAGAAGUGGACCCGAACAAGUUUUGGAAGGGGGCACUAGGCGGAGGCAGUAGCACUGGAGAAUACAGUGAGCCUAUCAGUUCAUCAAGCCGCGAAAAUACAACUGAAGGCUCUUCUUGA